UCAUGACCCGAUCCAUUCCUUUUAUCCCCUCAAGAAUUGUUCUUUCCUUGGAAGCCUUAAAAAGACUUAUUUUCUUCCACCGCGCCUCAUCAUAGUCUUCAUCGCCUCACUAUGCAACUCUUCACUUCGUCCAUCGUCAUUGUUUCAAAGAUUGGUAGAUCUCAGUCGCUUCAAUCAUCCAGCCAUGCCAACUGAUGAAGAAAUCAAUUCGAAUCCCCUUCACUUCUCAAUCUCAACCAUCCACUGUUUCUCCACCCUUCGGACACCCAGACAACAGCCUUGGUGGCACAGCCGCUCACCGGAGCAACCAAUUACAUCAUUUGGAGUAGAACCAUGAAGAUGGCACUUUGAGCCAAGAACAAGAUUGAAAUUAUAGAUGGGACUUGUACUAGAGACGGUCAAGACCCACACGACUUCACCCCCAAUGGGAUCGAUGCAACCCAGUGGUGCUUUCAUGGCUGAUCAACUCAGUUGCUAAAGACAUCUCGGCGGGUAUUACUUUUUCAGAAAAUGCAAAAUUGGUCUGGAAUGAUCUGUAUGAACGCUUCAACGACACAGAUGGUACAAAAAUAUGCAGUCUUCAUGUCUUCUUAACUCCCUUACUCAGGAUUCCAUGUCUGUAUCAAGUUACUUUACUCGGCUUAAAGAAAUAUGGGAAGAGUACUCAGUCGUUGCCCUAUUACCCAGUUGCACGUGUACUUCUUCUAUCGAUUAUGCUAAGAUUGUUCAACAGCAAAGAUUGUUUCAAUUCUUGAUGGGACUCAAUUCUUCAUAUCAAUCUGUGCGCAGUCAGAUGCUACUCAUGAACCCACUUCCAACAGUUAAUCAAGCGUAUUCUAUGGUAUGCAAAGAAGAAACACAACGCACUCUGUCUUCCUCUCCAUCCCCUUUGCAUACCGAGGGUUCAACUAUGGCUGCUAGAGGAAGAGGGCGAUUUGGAAGAGGAGGUGCUCGGGAAAAUCCAUCGGAGGAAUGCUCCUAUUGCCAUCGGCGUCGUGGUCAUGAGAGAGACGAAUGUUUCCAAUUAGUGGGGUUUCCUCCCAACUUUCAAAGAGGAAGAGGGAGAGGAAAUCAAGUUCGACAGAUUCCUCGUGCUGAUCAUGCUGAUGCAACCACUGCUAACUCAAAUGGUAAUUCUAUGGUGCAUCAACCCCAGGAAUGUCAACUUCUGUCACAACAAGAUUAUACAAAUAUAUUAAAGAUGUUGAAGAAUGAAGCCACUGAUAUUGGAGCUGUUGUUGCCACAGACCCAAAGGGGUCUACAGGAUCUUUGCAGUGGGAGCGCAAAAAUGAUUGGUAAAUUGGAUUAUGGGCUUUACAUAGUUGAAGAAACUGAGACUUAUAUUCAUACUAAUGCUGUUUCUAAUAAUAAGCUAUGGCAUUUUAGGCUAGGCCACGCAUUAUAUCCUGUACUUAGACAUUUAAGUUUGUAUAAAAAAUGAGUUACCAUUUAAGUUUGUAUACUAUAUGCUUACAAGCUAAGCAGCCUCGUCUGCCUUUUCCUGCUAGUGAUAUCAAAUCUGUUCGUUGUUUUGAUCU